AUGGACUGGUGUUUACUGCAAAAGGAAUCGCAUAUAUUGCGAGGACUGCUUGAAAAAAACGAAACGAUCACUGCACUUCAUAUGUUACUUAGAUGUCAUAAUGCCGUUACGACGUGUAUCGUCAGCCGAACGUCACGAUAUGCUCACCCUGAUCAACGAAAAAAUGUGCGUAUCGACAUCACCGUAUCCUAUCCAUGGGUAAUCACUUCAAUGCGCCAGCAAAAACACAACAAGACGUCGGCUUGA